AUGAAUUCCAGGAUUGUCAGGAUUGCCAGGACUGCCAGUGUUGCAAAGGCUGCAAAGGUUGUAAAGGUUCAAAUCCCCCGGCUUAUCUCGAAGCUAUCGGAUUGGGCAAAGCGUCUUUCCUAUCUCCCCCGCACAACGAGCUGCGAGGCUUUGGGCUUCUUCACAGUCAUGGACUAUGCGAGGGCUGAGAGCUCCUGCAAAAGAUGUCAUCGCAGGAAGAAACGUUGCGACAAAGUCCUGCCGGCGUGUAAAGCAUGUCGGCACGCCAAGGUGGAGUGUAGUUUUCUAGAGGACGAAACCCAGGUCGCCUCAUACCCUGUCGCUUAUGUCCGGGGCUUAGAGCUUCGGGUCAAAGAGUUGGAGCAGCAGCUCACAUCAUCCUUGACGCCCCAGGAUUCACACGAGCCAUUGUCAGGUCCCUGGGACCAAGAGGCGGAUAUCGGCUUGGAGGAGGAUUUUCUACUGUCGACUAAUCCAAUAGCUUCCUCGCCUCAGCAAGGUCCGAAUCAUAAUGGAAGCGCUCCCGAUGCAGGGCCCAUAUCGCCACAUGGCCUGGUUCCUUCGAGGCCCAAAACGGAAGAUUUGGCGGAAGAACUAAGGCUACUUUCGUUAGAGGCUGCGGCAGAAAGAUAUUUGGGAUCAUCAUCGGGUCUCUCCUUUGCCAAACUGACUCAAACCGUGCUUCGACGACUAUCGCCAGACCAAGACGCAUUUGUCUUUGAUGGUGAUAUCAACGGAAAUCAACACAAUACUUCGACGAUAGCCGAGUCGCCAACCUUCAAUACUACAGCUUAUGAAUGGGAUGCCUCUAUGCUAUCACCGCUGCCUCUUAACUCAAUACUUGGGAAUCCCGCGGAGGAUUACCAUGACUCCAUGGAUCUAGCCUUAUUGGAACCAUCCCAUAUCAGUUAUAUAUUGGAGUUCUAUUUCGCCCACUCACAUACUCUUUACCCUAUUAUCCGCCAAAAUGAAUUCACUUCGGUACUAUGGAGGGUAUAUGGUGACCCUUUGGAUCCCUUGGCCCAGUCGCCGUUAUGGCAAUUCAGGAUCUGGAUGGUCUUAGCAAUAGGAUCAACGACAUAUUGCUCGGUGUCCUUGAUGGACGAAUCUGAAUCCGUUCAGUUCUUCAAUAAGGCCAUGGCAUACUUUGAAGCUGCCAUGGGAUGCGGUGAUCAGGGCGGUUUGGAAGUUUUGAUGCUUCAAGUUUCUUACUCGUUUUUCAACAAAAUUGGACCCAAUACCUGGUUCUUGGUUGGAGUAGCAGCUCGCAUGGCGACUGGAAUGGGGCUCCAUACUGCUGAGGUCUAUCAUUCGCUAGCCAUUGAUGUCUCCGAGCAACAAAAGAGACUAUUCUUUUCUCUGUAUAUGAUGGAUCGGGUGGUUUCUUUGGCUUUGGGUCGACCCUUUGCCAUACAAGAUGACGAUAUUACGGUGGAGCCAUUUGCAAGCGCAAACGAUGAAAAUAUCCAGUCAGAUGGCAUCACUUCAUCAUCAACAUUGGAACCAUCGACCAUGGCAGUCCCUCUCCAUAUCCUCGCUCUUCGAAAGAUUGCAAGUGACAUUGGAAGUCAAGUACAUUCAACCAAAUACAGCGAGCGACAAAGCCCGGAGAAAAGAAAGGAGACCGUUCAAAGCCUCCACAAAAGACUUAUAGAAUGGCGUCGCAAUAUGCCCUUCCCUCUGCCGGACUUACAGUCCAAAGUACCACAUCUUUGUACUAGCUGGUUUGACUUGAACUACUACACACAUGUGAUCAUGUUGUACCGGCCAUCGCCUCUCUGUCCAACACUUGACCUUCAAAAUCUGAAGACUUUAGCCGAAGCAUCUGGUAUGGCUAUUCGGCAAGCAAUCAAUCUACAUAGACAACAUCGGAUUGCAUAUAAUUGGCUUAACUUGGUCACUGUGUUCAACUCUGCGCUGUCUCUCAUGUAUACGGCCACUGCUCAGCGCGAGCAGCUAUCCUUGCUCGGAGAAAGUGCCAAGGCUGCAGAUGAUUUGGAAUUAGCAGUGGAGCUGCUGGAAGCUUUUGGUAAGAAAUUUCCGUCCGCAAAGAAGAUCCAGAAUAUGGUCCAAUCGGUUUCGGCCAACCUCAAGAUGUAUAAUAUGACGGCCGUGUUCUGA